AUGUUGCAGAAUAAGCAGGGCGUGAGCAGCAGGCUCGGUGUACCUGCACGCGUGAACAAGGAUAACGGACGCUGUGCCCCUGCUGGGGAAGCGGAGGAUGUGAAAAAAAUAAACUUAAAAAUUACUGACGAGGAAAUAAAGCUACAUCUGAAAAUAAUCGAGGCACUGUACCCCAACAUGAAGCCCAAAGUAGAUAGGCUUAUCAACGGGACGUACAACAUUUUCACAAAAUUUUUAAUACAGUCUCAUAUAGACGACUACAACUCCUUCGUCAAUGUGUACCUGAAAAAUAUGCCGGAGAGCAUCCCUGUGGUGGAAUUUUCCCCCCAUAUGAACACAUACGCUACGCAAAACUUUAACAAAAAAUCAACAGAUUCGAUCAAGUUUUAUGUAAGUGACAUAAAAAUAAAGAAUCCCGUGUUGAAAAACGACAAGGGGGAAACAAGAAACGACUAUCCCUAUUUAUGCAAAAUGUCAUCGAGAACGUAUGAAGGAGAAAUUACUAUAAAAAUUAACAAAAAAACGAAUGAUGAAAUAAUCAGCACUACGGUGAGUGCAGGGUACAUCCCUGUGAUGGUGUUGUCAAAUUUGUGCAAUCUAAGUAGCUUAAAUAAAAAAAUGCUACCCCAGAAAGGAGAAGACGAAAGCCUAUUAGGAGGAUUCUUCGUUAUCUCAGGACACUUAAAAGUGAUUAGAUAUGUAAUUCACCCAAAGUACAACACUAUUCUACUUAAUGAGGACAAUAAAGUGCAUAUGAAUUGUCUACUAAAUGAUAAUUCUGUUUAUGUUAACUUUUUGUCUUGUCCUAAAUUUGAUUUCUUUACCUAUGGUGCCAGAUAUCAAAAUUCCAUCUUGACAGCCCCUCUGCAUGUCAUUCUGUUACUUCUAAGUCCCAUCAAGAAAAAAAGUUACUUAUUCAGUAAAAUGAAAAUGGGCAUAAAAAACGAAAAUGCAGUCAAGUAUAUAGAGCAAUAUAUCCAAUCCAUAUUUAUAAAAAAUGGACUAAGCGAAAAAGAAGUUUUUGAAAAAUAUAAUUUGAAAUAUCUAGGCAGCUCUUCCUAUUUCAGGAGGGGUAUAUUUCGUUAUAGUAUCGCAUCUGAUGAAAAAAAAGGCAAGACAAUUCUUAAGUAUGUCAUCCUACCUCACAUCCAGACCUACUCAGAGAAAUUUGAAACUGUUUGUAUGAUGUUUAAGACCUUAAUUCUUAGCAAAUUUAAAUUAAUCGCUCGAAUUAAUAAGGAUUCCCUCGAAAACCACGCAGUCACGACGUGUAGCCAUUUGCUGUCAAAUUUGCUCAAGGAUCAAAUAGUGACUUGCCUCAGCCGCUUAACUUACAGAUAUUCCAGGAACUUUUACAAAUUUUACGAAAAAAAAUAUGACUCCUUUAAGGUGAUUGUGAAGCAGAUUUACCUCCGUUACAAGAAUAUGGUUAUGGACGAGCUGGACGAGCGGCACCUGAAUUCGGUACCGCUGCAGGGCGAUGAGUCGGAUGUUGUCAAGGCGGCAGAUUCAGGCAACCAACUCGCCAUUAGCCAUAAAAGCGAAUCGGUGAAAAAGCUCAAGUCCCUCUUCAUCGAAGAGAAGGAAAAGCUCUUUAGCAGCGUCGAGAGCUACAUUCGGGAACUGUACAACGACAACCAGCUCUUCAUAGAAAUCGCAAAGUCCUUCACCACGCUCAGCGUGCCCAUCAUAUUCUUUUUCAAGACGGGAAAUAUUUCUUCAGAAAAUAUAGGGUACCAACAAAAAAGCGGGUGGGUCAUCGGAGCAGACGAAAUUAACAGUCUCCGAUUUAUUACAAAUUUUCGAGCAAUACACAGAGGAUGUUUUUUUCAAGAUGUUAAAGUUUUAAGUCCAAGAAAAUUACUAGGGGAGUCAUGGGGGUUCAUAUGUCCUGUCCAUACGCCUGACGGUUCCCCAUGUGGUUUGCUAAAUCAUUUGUCACAGUUUAGUUACAUCCACAAUGCGGCUACCAACGAAUCACACAAGUUUAAUAUAAAAUUGUACUUAAAAAAAAUUGGAGUUAACGUAAAUCUGGAUGAUACUAGUGGUAUCCCUACAAUAUAUGAGGACCAAACUAUCCCCAUCGUUGUGGACUCGGUUCCUAUAACGUACAUAAGUGAACAAGAUUUCAGCAGAAUUGUUUACAAAUUAAAGUAUGCAAAAAAUCAUAACCUAUACAAUUUAAAAGCCUACUUCGAAAUCAAUGCAUACUUGAAUGAACCCCUCCUCAUGAACUCCAUAAUAAUUAACACCUUCCCCGGAAGAUUGAUCAGACCCUUGUUUAAUUUAAAAAUGAAAUGCAUAGAAUACAUCUCCCCGUCUUAUCAACCUUACGUAGCUAUUGCUAUAAAUUACGAAGAUAUUAAGAAGAACAAUUUAGCUAGAAAAAUGUUAAGGAUGAAGGAACGUUUAGUUGGUUCCAAAAAAGGGACCCAGCAAAAAAUGACCAUAAAGGAGCAGUAUUUGCUUCACACCAGGAGGAAGAAAUUGGCGUCCUCCUCAAAGGGGAGUGCUAUGCAGAAUUGCAGUUCUGUGGAGGAGGGACGACCCGGGGUAUCCGAAUCAGCGAUUAGCAAGAAGGUGAUGCAACUUUUGGAAGAAGGUGAAAGUGACGAGGGGGACCAUACAGAUGGCCAAGGAGACCGCACCGAUGACGAGAACGACUACGUAAGCAGCUCGAACUAUGACUCUAGCGAGGACUCAUGUGGGGAAGGAAGCGAUGGUAGAAGUGAUGGCAAACCACGCCACAGCGUACCGCCCACCUCCUACACAGACAGCGACGAAAACGCAAACCUCGACAUCUACGAACAAAUGCCGCAAAAGUUCGAAUACAUGGAACUGAAAGAGACAUCUUUCCUGUCCUUCCUGGGAUCCCUGACCCCCUUUUCCGACCACAACCAAAGCCCGCGUAACAUUUACCAGUGCCAAAUGUUGAAGCAGACGAUGGGUAUACAAAGCUUAAACAUGAUGUAUACAUUCUCGAACAAAAUAUAUAGGAUGAUUACUCCACAAUUACCGCUAGUCGUCACAAGAGAUUACGAACUAUAUGGGGUAGAUAAUUUUCCUAGUGGCACCAAUGCAGUUGUGGCCAUUUUGGCGUACACAGGAUACGACAUGGAAGACGCACUGAUUAUAAACAAGUCUAGUGCAGAAAGAGGUAUUUUCAGGACCCAUAUUUACAAAACGGAAAUUAUCGACUUGGAGAAAAAUCAUGGCCGUGGCGAUUUUGUACUAGGAAAUAAUGUAAGAUACAUGAAUAGCAAUUCAGGGAACAAUGCCGCCAACAGUAACAGUGCUAGGCAGAGUAACAUAAACUUUCAGUACGAACAUAUGGGUAAGAUGUUAAAUAAGGACGGCUUGCCUCGCGUUCAACAGAAGAUAGUCGAGUCGAAUCCACUAUACUCCUAUAUCAAUAAAGGAAACGGACUAACCGUGUACGAGAAAUUUAAAGCACAUGGAGAAUAUUACGUAGACUGUGUAACUAAUUACAAAAGUGCGAGAAAUCAAAUUGCAAUGAUCCGAUUACGCACGACAAGACCACCUCUUGUGGGAGAUAAAUUUGCAUCAAGACAUGGACAAAAGGGAGUUGUUUCGAGGUUGUUUCCACAUGAAGAUAUGCCUUUUUCGGAGAGUGGAAUUGUCCCCGAUGUUAUUUUCAACCCUCAUGGUAUCCCCUCACGUAUGACCAUUGGUAUGCUUAUCGAAAGCAUUUGUGGAAAGGCUGCCUGCAUCUAUGGCAAGAGAAUUGACGCUACUCCGUUUAGAAAAUACACGCAGCAAAGAAGCUUCAACAACGAGUGGAUUGAUAAUUGUGGUGUUAAGGGAUUUCUCGAAAAGAAUAAACAAGGCAAAAAUAAAAGCGAAGAAGGUAGUAGUACCCACGCUCCUGCACAGAAUGUUGUUGGUCACGACCAUAAUGAAGAAAAAAAAAAUGAUAUUCCCAAUGGCGGGGAAACACAAAAAAGUGCAAAAAAUAAUAUCACAUAUGACGAAAAAAUUGACUACUUUGCAAAGCUGCUGCUAAACAAGGGCUACGAUUAUUAUGGAACGGAGUUACUGUACAGUGGCAUAUACGGGGUACCCCUCCAAGCGCACAUUUUCUUUGGCGUCAUUUAUUACCAAAGGUUACGACAUAUGGCUUAUGAUAAGGCGCAAGUCAGACGAACAGGACCAGUUUGUAACUUAACACAUCAGCCCUUGAAGGGCAAGAGAAAACAUGGGGGUAUCAGAUUAGGAGAAAUGGAACGAGAUGGGUUAAUAUCUCACGGUUGCAGUUUUAUAAUUAAUGAAAGGUUUCUCAUGAACUCAGAUGGACAUGAGUGCUUUGUUUGUCCCCAGUGUGGACUAAUCCUUUCCCCAAUUAUGCAAUUCACCUGUAGUGGGGAAAUGGUUAAGGGAAGAAGCAUUGGUGGUAAGAGCAAAAUAGCCGUUUGCAAGUCUUGUGGAGUUUCCUGUAAAAUAGUUUAUGUGCCUUAUGUUCUGCGCUAUUUACUAAAUGAGCUAAUCUGCCUAAAUGUGACCAUCCGGCUAAAUAUCAAGUCGGUGGAAAACAUGUUUGACAUGAAGUGA